AGCUGCUGUAAAGUCUACAAAAGGUUAUCAGUUCCAGGGUCAGAACAUGGAUACCCCUAGUUUUAUAAACCAAGGUCUUGUUCACAAAUACAAUUGCUUAGUCCUUCAAAUGUCUCUGAGCGUAGAAUUGCUUGUCAAAACGGGCAGUGCUUGGUAGGUGGGAAGAAAGUUGGUGGCUGUUCGUUUUUGCUUGGCUCCUGGGUGCUGUUUUCCUUUCUGACACAGGAAGUGAUCUGAGGCAUCACGCUGUUGAGACGCUGAAGAAGAGCAGCUGCUUAAGAAGGCACAGGCCAGAGAGUUUUGAUGGGAGAAGAAUUAGAAUGGAUGGAGGAAAGGCUCUCUGUUUUCUGGGAGAGAUGCACCCAACUUGAGAGGACAACAAUAACAAUAACAAAAAACAAACAAAACCAGAAGUCAUGAGCAUAGUGGAUUGAAACUUCAGUGCCCGGAGCCCCGCAGGAGGUUCUAUAACAUGAUCCAGCAGCAUAUUGUUUGAGCAGGGCGCCCUCCAGGAACACGGAAUUAUAGCUGCACAAGGCCAAGCAGUUUUGAGGCGGAUCCUUUUUUAUUGGGAUUUUGGCUCGAGGGCCAAGUGAAGGGAGCCGGGGUCAGUCCAACCUGCUUUGUGCCUCCCUACCACCCCUUUUGGUUUGGUCUGAGAGCAGGAGUGGGUGGCCUCUGCUGUGCAGCUGAGCAAGAUGGAGUCCAAAGGAAGCACCCGAGGUGGAAAUAAGCCUGAUGCCAAGACCGCCAGCUCAGGGAAGCCGGAGAAGCCCAACCCUGGCCCUGCCACAGCUGCCGAUAAGAAAGAAGCCCCUUCAAAGGAGCAGCCGGCUCCUCCUGCCACCACCCCAGCAAAAAAGGCGGCAACGGCGGCAGCCAGUGAGGCGACCAUGCUGAACAACCACGGCAACAUGAAGCCUAGCUCUGCUGGGGGAGCGUCGGAGGGCGCAGAGGCCGCAGGUCAUCCCGCUGACUCUGAGCACAAAGGGAACAAUGCGGAGGAGUCUCCGGGCAGCAGCAUUUUUGAGAACAUGAAGCCUCUGAUCAUCGUCGGAGGGGCGGCGGUGGCUGCCAUUGCUCUGAUUGUGGGAGUGGCUCUCCUUGCCCGGAAAAAAUAAAUUGCACCCAAGAAGCGCAGGGGAGAGGAAUAACCCUGGGCUGAAUGUACAGUUCCUUUUGAAACAAAAUGCAUGUGGUAAACUCUAUACAUACCUAUAAAUAUGCCGUAUAUAGAGAGAAAGAGUUAAGUAGGUACAAACUGCAAUGCUGGCCGCUGCCUUGCUCAAAGCAGAUGCGCCAGCAUUGGCCUAGCGCGGGCACUUGGUGGGCUUCUGCUCUUUUGUGUAAUAUAACUCAGCUAGCAGCAAUGUGUAUAGAUGGCUUUUCUUCUCUGGUCCGUAUGAGCUCUUGCGGUGUUUUCCUUUCCUUCCCCACCUUUUGUCCCGAGGUUGGCUCCAGGGUCACUUAGAGUUCUCAGCUUGGUUACACUGGAUUGUGGUAGAGCAGGUAGAAACGGAGAGUUCCCAUCAGCAGGGUCCCCCGUUGUCAUCUCUGUUCCAGCACACACUGUAAAGUGGUGUGAGAAUGCUCACAAGCUAGAGCUUCUUUCCUGAUCCAAGGAGGAUAGGGUGUCCCUAGUACGCGUUUCGUCAUAGCAUUAAUGUGCUCACUCUGUCCCCCCUUGCCUAAUUUCAAAGUAGCAGCAGGAGCACGGGGGGCUUUCAAAGGUCAAGAAGCAAGCAUGGCCUGCUCAGAGCCAUAGGGUAGCCUUGCCAUCCCACCGUGCAAUAUAUGGGCAUGGUGAUGUAUAGCUGCCUGGCUGCGGAUUUCAAUGGGCAUUGCAAUUUAGUAGUGCAUUUUCUGUUGAAGCACCUGGUGCUGUGCUGGUAAACUUCUUAUGCAGGACUUGAUGCCAUUGAUACUUAAAGCAACAUGAUUCAAAAUAUGCGGAAGUCAAGGAGGCGUUCUGUGCUUAUGGAUUUGGGAUGAAUGCUAGCGCUUCGCUGUGGAAGGUUGACCUGUCAUUGUAUGCCAUGUAUGGAAGGGGAAAGUAAGAAGCAAUUAUGGGCUGGCUGGUUGGUUGGUUCUUUCUUUUGCUUUCCUCUUUUUUUUAGCUUGUGACCAAUCAACAACUGGAUUAUGGUUUAGGAAGUAUUUAUGUAUGGAGCAUCCUGCCCAGGUGCACAGAUUUGAGAUGGAUGGGUUGUCUUUUGCUAUCUGACACUUUAUAACUCUAAUGCUGGAGGAGCCAGACAAAUGGGCUAAUCCCAUUUAUUUCACUGGGCAUUUCAGUGCAGGGAAAAAAUGGCAACCGAUUCAUUGAGGCAACUCCCCCCCCCCUUAAUAAAUUAGAACCAAUGGGCAUUUAAGAGGGGAGGAAAUUUCCUGUGUCCUGAGUUAGCCUUGCUACAUUGGUGGCCUUCCUGAAGAAUUAAAAUCAGACUUUGAGAGGAGAAAGGAUCAGUGGAAUGUAUGUUGACGUAUCUUUGUUAAUAUAUCUACCAGAGAUAAUCCACUAACCAUAGGAACAUUGGGACAUAAAUUGUAAUGUAGGGAUGACCGUUUGAAACAAGAAGCUUACAUGUAUAUUUUUGCUUAGAUUGAAUCUGAUGCGAAAGUGGUGAUUGACAUCAGAUUAGUGUUGUUGUUUUUUUAAAAAAGGAAAGGCUAAUUAGAUUGAACUAGGAGUUGUAAAGCUUUUUUCUGUUGUUAGGUUGGGAUAGAUAUGAGCAGCCAAGUUUUUGUUGCAGUACAGACUUGCUCAUGAAUUAAUGUGGGUACUAGAUUUCUUUUGCAUUUUAGUCUCUGGACCCACAACUUGAUCAUGAAAUAGGAUGAGAUGGUGACAGUGGCAGGACUACAGUUCAUCGUCUUGAAGACCAACUUUCUCUCCCUUUCUUUCGUAUUUAUGGUUGUGACGUGAUAGGUUAGGUCUAUAGGGGAAUCAUUCACCAACAGUCAUUGCUUAGUACUGUGGUGUCCCACUGUCUAGAACAAUUCUCCAGAACCCACCUCCAGGCUGAAAGCACCUGUAUUUUUGUGUGUAUGUAUGUGUACAAGCUUUCCUAUACAAGCUUUCCUACCCUUAUUUGAGAGUAUCUGUGUAUAUAGUACAGUUUACUGAAGUCUUUGUAAAGCUACAAAACCUGUAUUCUUUGUACAAAAAGCAAAAGGCAACCAUUAUUUGCGCACCUGCAUUCACACAAAGUGUCCAUGUUUUGUGCCACUUGCAUUCCACCAUGCAGCAUCCGAAACCAUGGUUUCCUUCCAAUAAAUGAAUGUAUGGUUAGCCAACUGGUGAAUGUACGAUAAUCCCUCUUGUGCUGGGAGCUGAAAACUACUGCUUCUAAGCAGACCCUUUUCAAAAUGAGAAAUCUAGUCAGUAUAAUCUUCUGAUGCAGUCAGCAAAAAAUAGCCGUGUACCAGCACUGCACAUUCCUUAUAUGUGUGUGUGGCACAUUCCUCCCUGAAGUUUCCAUGUAAACCAGGAGGUGUUAUCAUUGUGACUCCUGCCCAUCAUUGACCCUUUUGGAAAAAAGAAGGGCACUCGCCUUGCUUACGCCUUGCCUGGCUCCUGCUUCUCAGCUGCUCCUGCGUUGGCAUAUUGAGGCAGGGCAUAGGCAUAGCUGUCAAUGUUUCCCUUUUUUAAAGGGAAAUUCCCUUAUUCUGAAUAGGAUUCCUCACAAGAAAAGGGGAAAGUUGACAGCUAUGGACAUAGGCUGGUGGGCUCCCUGAGUUUCUUAAGUAGCCCUCGGCCAUGCAUCUCCAGUCAGUUGUACUGCAACAAGGCACCUUCUUGUGUCUGUGACUGUGAGAUUGCUCAUUUGGCCAGGUGGUGGAGAGGGGAGGGAAAGAGGAAUAUGUGUGUGUGUGUGUGUCCUCUGAACUUACUAAAUCUGUGCUUUAUGGAAGUGUGAAUAUAACACUGCUAUAUUGGUAAGCCUUACGAGUUUCUAAAUGCAUGUCCCUGACCAUGUGCAGACUCUUUCGUCUGCUUAAAGAAGCUGAGCAAAUCAGAAUGUGCUGCAGAUUGUGUCUAUUCUUUCAUAAGCUUUUUCAACUUUACUAAGUUGGUGUCUUUGCCCAAAAUAGCUAGACUCACUCACUCCUCACCACUCUCACACUCACUAAUAUAUAUAUUGCCUGUUGCUUAAGAGCUGAACUAUUAAUCUAUACCAACUCAUUUUUCUUACCUUUGCUCUUAAGCUUUUAUAUUCUCCCCUUCCUCCAAGCUGUCAUGGUACUGCCUCCUUUUAUCCUCACAACAACCUUUCAAGGUUGGCUAGGCUGAGAGAUAGUGGCUAGGCCAAAGUCACCCAGUUUAGAACAGGACUAGGGAAGCUUUGGUCCUCCAUAUAUUGCUGGACUGCAGUUCCCAUCAUCCAUGACCACUCACCAUGCUAGCUGCUGGUGGUGGAAACUGGAGUCCAACAACACCUCGAGGACUACAAAUUGCUUAGCCCUAGCUGAGAACUUGGGUCUUCCAACUAUGAACCUCUAUGACACACUGGUUUUCUUAAAGUGCAAUCCUAUACGUGCCUAUUUAGAAGUAGGCCCUGUUGAGUCCUUUGUACUGGAUUUGCUGCCAGGGAAGUAAGUACUGUAUAGGAUUGCAGCUUUAUUUGGUUUGUGGCAGCAGGUCUGCCAGUACAAAGGUUUGAUCCACUCAGAGGCUGAUGAUGUGUGCUUUUAGAUAAAUGCAUUGCAAGCCCUACUCUCUGAGGAGGGCUGGAGAGAGAGCGAGAGGAGAGAGAGAGAGAGAGAGAGAAGGCUGAGGAGCUGGUGGCAGAAACUGCCUCAGGCAGAGCAGCACACAUAGAAGGGGUAGUAGAGGAAGUGAGUGAUGGUUGGAUUGUGUGCACCAUAUUUCUGUCAUAAUUGCAGGAACCUACUUAUCUGAAAUUGUUUUUGUAUAUGCCAGAGAUUUGUAAUCCUUACCUCGCAUUGAAUAGCAUUUUAAUCUGGUGGAAUUCGUAGGGGAUUAUCCUGGGCAUAGUAUUUAAUUAAUAUUGAACAGGGCAUGCUAAUUCGCUUAUAACCUGCUUUUAGUAGCUGUAGGUAUAUAUAACUAUUUGACACAUUAUCAGAAGAUGCCAAAAGCUGAAGUAUGAGCGUGUCACACUUCCUGUGUGGAUAUCAUUGUUUGCUGUUGGGGCAUGCCACCUGUUCCCAUGGUUUGAGCCCAGGCAUCUACCAAUGGGGGCAAUGUGAAAGUUUUAUGCAUUAACUUGGAAGUGCAAUUCACUCACGAUUCACUGUUUUUGGUGUAUGAUGCAGGCCCUAGAUACAAAAAGUGUUGUUGGACUCCACUGAAGUUCAAAGUGACUGUGAAUCUUGAGUCCCUUGUAGUAAUGGGGGUCUUGGUUUGUAUACCAAGGUUCAUCCUGUUCCCCAUGUUUACUGGGAAUGGGUAUUUACUAAUAGAUCAGUGCAAAAUACCGUGGACUGAAGAAUAUGGAUCCAACUGCAGGUCAGAAUUAAGGUGUCUAGGCAAACCUAUGUGACGGAAGCUAGUUCAGUUCUUUAAUGUGCUCUUCUAAUGUAAUAAAAUACUCUGUACAUACUUAGCCAAUCAAUAUUGUGAGCAUGAAACCAGAAAAAAAUGAAAUAUUCAUGUUUUGGGGAAAGGAGUAACAGUCUUACUUCUGAUUUAAUAAUCUUGGAAAACUACCACCCUCUGAUUUCAUAUUCAGAAACAGAAAUGCACAUUUGAAUCUUUGCUUCACCCCUAAGCAUGCAUUAGAAGGGUGGUGAAAAUCUGCCUUGAAUACAGCAAGGAUAAUUGAUAAGGGUAAUUGGGGACCUGCUAUUCGGAACAUAGAGAGAUGACUUGAACAUGCACAUAAAAUCAGUAUUUCAAGCUGGCACAGACAUAACAUUGCUGUUAUGUAUGCUAAGGAUGAAAUGCUCUAAUUGUAUUUGUUAAUUGUGUAUGGCUUACCCAGCCCACCCAGGAUUUGGAAGUGGAAGAGUGACGGUGGGGGGUGGGGCAUGGAUUUGGAAGCAGGAAACUGGCAGGAACAGGGAUAAGAUUCCUCUCAUCUUGGAGACUGUGACCUGCGUGGCUGUAUUUAGGAGCAAAUGAAAUGAAAAGGGAAACAUUAAGGUAAAAGCUACAUCUGAUGUCAUGUUAAGUCCAAAAAACAACAGCUUUUCACAGAUUUGGUAUGUGUUUAAAGCAGGCAGGUGGGUUGACAAGAGUUACUUCUACUACUUAUCCAAUGUCCUGGCUCCAUCCAUCUUUCACUCUCUGCCCUGCCCCACACCCAUCUGUUCCACAAGACCUCUGCCAAGACCUUGGUGGAAUUUGAUUGGGAAGGGAUUCUGCUUACACACUUUGCUUCUUCCUGAACCCUUGUCUAAGGCGCACAAAUGGCCCCCGCUUCAGCUUCUCCACACAAUGGAACUUCCCACACUCUGCUAGACAGUUGUCAUGUUUAAUUUGUCUCCUUAGGUCAUUUUAAAUGUGAGCUUCUGCUUCUAAUGUGAAUGUAAAACCUGCAUUGGCCGCAAUAUACAUUUUUUAUUUUUCUUCUGAAUUCUCUCUCAUAUUGAUAGCAUUCAUAUGUACCCCAAGAAGUGUGAGAGAGACCCAAACGGUCUUGAGUAAAAUAAAAUAAAAUCCUGCUAUAGGGACUAGUAUAGUCCCCAAAACUGAAGGCCAUGCCUUGAUUUGAAGUCAGACGUUGACACUAGAUAUUAAAAUUCAGUCAUGGAUAGUCAUGCAGGGUUUAUUGGUAACAGUUGUAGCAAUGCCUAGUUGUGAGAAAUACAUUUAAUUCCCACCCCACCCCCCAUGUAAUUCUGUCUUAUCAUUUGCCAGUUUUUGUACCACUGUAGCUUCAACUAGCCUCCUGAACUAUCAAAAGAGCAAGGGGAAUACUAUUGCCUCAGUAACCCUUUUGUGAUUUGUCAGUGUUUUCAUAAAUGUACUUGUGGUGACCUUCUUUGCCCUCUUUUAAUUCUUAUGCCUUUUCCUAAACCAAAAGUUAGGGAAAGGCAUAGAGUAAUACUUGCAAAUGGGAAAUGCUAAUUUAUUCAAUCUGAACGUUCGCUAUCUGCUUAAGGGGAUCACUUGACUAAAACAAAUAUAUAUCAGAUGAACAUAGCAAAGGUCAUUACAAAAAACAAGUAUUUCUAAAGGGUCUCCCCAUUAUCUCUAAUGGGCCCCAAAUAUAAUUUCUUUUUUGAAUUGAAUUUGUCAAGCAACAUCUUGAUUUCCGCCCCUCCCCUGCAAAUGAACAGAUCCACUUACCACUUAACACAUCAAUUGGCCUGUGUGUAUAACAUGCAGAUUUGGGUUUCUUUUUGAGUCCAUUGUUGGUGACUCCGUUUCCGCAAAGGAAAUGAAAGCCUACUGACACACACCAAGCUAGAAAAAUAAUUUGUACCUUUUUGAAUUUAUAAUCUUGCCUAUGCUUCUAUGGACACUUUGUAUGGGCUGCAGCUCAACUCCUUAAAAUCAGCAAAGAAUUUUUCCUUUCCCAUAUAGUAUUCUCUUUUAUUUGACUUUUAAAAUGCGUAUAAAUGCAAUAAUGCAGGUAGACUAGAAAUACUAGAUUGAAAAUUAAAGUAGUUUAGCUUGUCCCAUUGUGACCUACAGUGUUGUAUGUCACCCAACGCUGUAUCCUAGCAUUCUCGAGGCUUUCCUACGUAGCUGAAUCUAGUAUUAGCUUUGAAAAUCCAUUGUGUGAAUGGCGGGUGGGUUGAUUGGGAAAGUGUACGCUUUUACACAAUGUAUGUUACUUGCAUCAGAAGCUAUAUGGCCACUCCAUAUACUAUGAAACUGUAAAUGAUUCCCAAUAUACCUGUAACUCUUAUCAAGAUUGUGUGAAAUAAACUAUAUAUAUAUGUAUAUUGUA